AUGUUUUCGACGAUCAUCGACAAGGAUCCUGGACUCUCGAACAUCGAAAAACUGCAGCACCUGCGCUCCUGCCUCAAGGAUGCGGCCCUCGACACCAUAAAAUCAUUGGAAAUCUCUGACAGCAACUACCCAUUGGGCGAUCAAGAGCAAAUUGCAAAUUGCUUCAUUGUUCAAGCCUUGGUGCAGAAGUUGGAUCCACCUACCCAAGCCAAGUGGGAGGAGUCGUGCUCGGUUGAUAAAAUACCAUCGUGGGAGGAGUUUUCGAAGUUCCUGGAAAGACGUUGCCAGACGCUAGAAAAUGUGGAGCUUGCCAUGGCUACCACCUCAUCCAGCCACUCAUCUGGAAGGCAAAAUCGUUCGAACAAGGCCCUACUAGCUGCCAGUCCAUCACGAUGCCGAUUCUGUAGCGAUAGCGGUCACUCCAUAUAUACAUGCACGAGAUUUGGUAAUCUUUCCCCAGCACUAAGGCUGAAGGAAGUGAAGAAGAUGUCCCUGUGCAUAAAUUGCCUUAAAGACGGGCACCAAUUGCGCUCGUGCAAUUCUAGCGGCUGCAGGAAAUGUGGAUCCAAGCAUCACACAUUGCUUCAUUUGGGAGACGCACCAUUUCCAACGUCAUCUGUAAUGCCAUUGCCAGCUCAGCCUGCGCUGGCCCCAGCCAAUAUGGCUCAAGGUUCUUCAAAUCAAUACUCACUGGCUUGCACGCUGCCCUCUGACUCAGCUUCUUCCUCUUUCGAAGGACCUCAAGUUUGCAACUUUGUGCUCUUGGCAACUGCCAAUGUUUUUAUUAAAAGCAGAGCUGGUAGUCUAAUACCUUGUCGUGCCAUACUCGACUCAGGUUCGCAAGUGCACAUUGUAACAUCAAGAUUCGUACACCUUCUUCAGCUCAAAAGGAUUAAAUCUGCUGUUGCUGUAUCUGGUCUUGGAGAUUCUAGCUUCAAAACUACAGGAUAUGCUGUCCAGCUGAGUUUAUCAUCCAACUCUACCAAUUACUCUGCAAGUAUUGAAGCCGUGGUUGCAUCCUCAAUCGUCAACGAUCAGCCUGACUUCAAUUUCGACUCAUCGCCAUGGAAUAUCCCAUCAAAUCUACCAUUAGCUGACCCGGAAUUCAACAAAUCGAAGAGGAUUGACCUUCUCAUAGGAGCAAAUAAUAUGCCAGAGCCUGAAGAUCGAAUUGAUGACCUUCUGCAGCGAUUUUGGGAAGUAGAAUCCUGUCCUUUGGAAAGCUCGAAAUUCACCAAAGAAGAAACGGAAUGCGAGGACCAUUUCCAAAACACCUUCGUUCGGCUACCCACUGGUGAAUACGAAGUUCAGCUACCGAAAACUGGAAAAAUCGAUGGACUUGGAGAGUCAUACCAGCAAGCAUUUUGCCGUUUCCUCAGCUUGGAGCGAAAAUUGGAACGCCGUCCUGAUGUCAAGGAACAAUACUCUAACUUCAUAAAGGAGUAUCUGGAACUCAACCAUAUGUCGCUUGUACCUCCAGAGGAUAGAAUGCACUGCAGAUUUUUCCUUCCGCAUCAUUGCGUCUUUAAAGACGAUAGCACGACCACCAAACUACGUGUCGUAUUUGAUGGAUCAGCAGCUUCAUCUGGAAUUUCGUUGAACGACACGUUGAUGGCAGGACCUACCAUACAGGCUAAGCUCUUCAAUAUUCUAAUCCGUUUUCGUACAUUUGCAGUUGCUCUCACUGGAGAUAUUGGGAAAAUGUAUCGCUGUGUUCGAAUAGCCAAGUCAGACAGCUAUUUGCAAUGCAUUCUUUGGCGCGAUUCUGAUCAGGAUGACAUCAGCAUCUACAAGUUGGACACCGUAACAUACGGUACCAAACCCGCCGCAUUUCUAUCAGUUCGAGCGAUGCAUCAGUUGGCCAUGGAUGAGCAGUCGACAUAUCCUGUAGGGUCUCAAAUCGUCAGACGCGAUUUUUAUGUUGAUGACUUGAUCACCGGAGGCAGUUCCAUCGAAGAAGUCGAGGAGAUUCUUCACCAAACAAAGGACUUGCUAUCGAAAGGCCACUUCAUGCUUCGAAAGUGGUGCUCCAAUAUCCCAGUCGUUCUUGAAAAUGUUCCAGAAGAGGAGAAGGAAUCUUUCCUGAAGUUUCACGAUGGAAGCGACAUAACCAAAACUCUCGGAUUGGCUUGGGAUCCUGCAUCAGAUGUCCUUCUCUUCUCUUACUUGCCUACGCAGGCCACAACCAAGCCAAACAAACGUUCUGUGCUUUCGACAAUAUCCCGAUUCUAUGACCCGCUUGGACUCAUAAGCCCGGUUAUAACCAAAGCCAAAAUCUUCCUACAGGAGCUCUGGAAGGAGUAG